AUGGCUUUCUUCUCUAAAAUUGGCAUCAUUGGAGCUGGCAUAAGCGGUAUUGCUGCUGCCAAACAGCUCUCUAAAUAUGAGCCUGUGGUGUUUGAAGCCACUGACUCUCUUGGAGGAGUUUGGAGACAUUGUUCUUACAAGUCUACUAAACUUCAGACCCCUCGUUGCGAUUACGAGUUCUCGGAUUAUCCAUGGCCCCAAAGAGAUAAUACAAGUUUUCCAUCUCAUUUAGAGAUAGUGGAAUACUUGAAUUCUUAUGCUACUCACUUUGAUGUGUUGAAAUUUGUCAGGUUUAAUUCCAAGGUGGUGGAAAUCCGGUUUGUUGGUGACCGGGAAACCACCGAUAUUGGUGGUAAACCGGGAGAAUAUGGAAGUUUGUUGGCCGGCAAGCCGGUGUGGGAGGUUGCUGUCCAGUCCAACCAGUCUCAGACCAUUCAGUGGUAUACCUUUGAAUUUCUUGUGGUUUGCACGGGGAAAUAUGGCGAUGUACCAAAAGGACCAGUUUUCCCUCAGAAAAAAGGACCUGAAAUAUAUGGAGGAAAGGUUUUGCAUACUCUUGAUUACUGCAAACUCGACAAAGAAGCCUCUACCCAACUACUUAAGGGAAAGAAAGUUGUAGUCGUUGGCUACAAGAAAUCAGCUAUAGAUUUGGCUGUUGAAUGUGCAGAAGCAAACCAAGGACCAGAAGGCAAACCAUGCACCAUGGUAGUAAGGACUCUGCAUUGGACCGUUCCACAUUAUUGGGUUUGGGGUUUGCCAUUUUACUUGUUCUAUUCAACAAGAUUUUCUCAGUACCUCCAUGAAAGACCAAACCAAGGUCUUUUCAGGACCCUCCUAUGCCAUCUAUUAUCUCCUGCAAGACGAGCUGUGUCAAAGUUUAUUGAAUCCUAUUUGGUAUGGAAGCUUCCAUUGCUCAAGUAUGGACUGAAACCAGAUCACCCAUUUGAAGAAGACUACGCGUCUUGUCAGAUGGCUAUCUUGCCAGAGAACUUUUUCUCAGAGGCUGAUAAGGGAAAGAUUGUGUUCAAAAAAGCAUCAAAAUGGUGGUUUUGGGAAGGAGGAGUAGAAUUUGAAGACAACACUAGGUUGGAGGCUGAUGUUGUGGUUUAUGCCACUGGAUUUGAUGGCAAGAAAAAGCUCAAAACCAUAUUACCGGAGCCUUUUCGCAGUCUCAUAGAAUUUCCCUCUGGCAUGAUGCCAUUGUACAGGGGCACAAUUCAUCCAUUGAUUCCGAACAUGGCAUUUGUGGGAUUCAUUGAGAGUGUUUCGAAUCUGCACACAGCAGAGAUGAGGUGCAGAUGGUUGGGUCGACUUGUAGAUGAUGAAUUCAAGCUCCCAAGUGUGGAGAAGAUGCUUCAACAAACAAGUCAAGAGAUGGAGAUAAUGAAGAGGACAACCAGGUUCUAUAAGAGGCACUGCAUUUCUACUUACAGUAUCAACCACACUGAUGAAAUAUGUGAAGACAUGGGUUGGGCGUCUUGGAGAAAGAACAACUGGCUUGCAGAAGCAUUUAGCCCCUACAACAGUAAAGAUUACGAAGAGGAAAAAUGAAUAUAUAUAUAUAUAUAUAUAUAUAUAUAUAUAUAUAUAUAUAUAUAUAUAUGAAACUAUAUGGAUGUUAAUGCCUUAAUUCAAAUUUUUAAAUUUUUUUUUUUUUUUUUUGUUACAAAAUAAUACAUAGCAAUUGGUAUACGAAUAAAAUGUUUCGGAGUAGAUUACUUAAGCAUUUACAUUCUUACAUUGUACCUCUUCAGAAAUUUAUAAUACUAGAAUAUAUAUUCAUGGUUCAAUCCUUUGU